AUGGCCGAGCACUCCAACAGCGACGAUAACACAUUUCGGGCGACCUCGACCACGGCGGGCCGAGUGGCGUACUGCAAGACGCGGAAGGCGUGGCACGCGCUUGCGCAGACCCGCAUUGGUGGGGGGAAGCGCGUAAGCCACUACUGUCCGUGGCGCAAGGACAAGGAAGUCGCGCUCCUCGACGCCGCCACGUGCAUCCACAUCGGCAUCCACACGUCCGGCGCGUCUCGGGGCCGUCAACAUUGGCGCAAAGCGCUUCAGCUGACGAAGAUGUCGUUCGAAGCGUGGCAGACGGAGCCGCUUCUCCGAGGCGUUGCGUCGCCCCACGAUCUGCCGCCGAGCGCCAAGGUCCAGCUGGACUGCAAGUACGGUGGUCACAAGCGCGACCGCAACUUGAUCGCGAGAGUGGUCACGAAGCAGCGGCAGAUUGACGAUCUCAAGCUUGAAGUGCUGCAGCACGAGUCGCGGAUCGAACUGCUGGCAGAGCACCUCAAAGCCAACUGGUACGACGGUAUUUGCCUUCGCCAAGUCGAUCUUGAAGCGAUCGAACAUGCCCGGGGUCACGCCGACGAUGUCGACCAACGCACAUGA